UGCCGCCCCAGCUGUGGUUCCAGCUGCUGCAGGCCCAGCUGUAGCUCCAGCUGCUUCCGUCCCAGCUGUGGCUCCAGCUGCUGCAGGCCCAGCUGCUGCAUUUCCAGCUGCUGCCGCCCCAGCUGCUGCCUCCCCAGCUGCUUCAGGCCCAGCUGUGGCUCCAGCUGCUGCAGACCCAGCUGCUGCAUCUCCAGCUGCUACCAGACCACCUGCUGCAAGACCACCUGCCGCAGACCCAGCUGCUGUGUGUCCAGCUGCUGCCGCCCAGCCUGCCCCAGUGCUUCUUGCUGCUGA